GAGUAGUUUAUCGGAGUAAUUUAGAGGCAAGUUAUCUGUUAGAUUCUUACUUAUUUACUGACAUCGUUAAUAAUUGAUGAGAUUAACUAGGACUAAUUAAUUAAUAUGGUGACGAAACAAUUCGUCUCUUGUACGGAGCCCCACCUAGAUGUAAUAUUAAACAUCACGCCAUUUAGCAGUUAGCGAUAUCUUGCUAUCUGGCAGCCGAAUUGAUUCUUCAUUAUCCAUAAUCUCUCUCAUCGUCAAGAAAUUAUUGUUGGAACAAAAUCAAGAAAUCGAAUAUUUUGGGGGUCUUUGCCCGACUCUUUGGUUCAGAGGAACAAGCUUCAAUCGUCUUUAAUUCGUUCUAAUUUUUGCAUCUGACUGGAGAAUAUACCUAAAAUUAAUGGAUUUGAUUUGAUUAAGAGUGUAUUAUUAAAUUUACAAAGGGGGUUGAUAGAUCCCUAAUUGGAAAGAACAACUUUUCAAGUUUGAUUGUUGAAUGAUACCAAGCAGACACGAGACGGGAUCGUUAUUACCUUCAUUUUUAAUUUUAGGAUCGAAUUCAUCAUGAGCGGGAAGAUGGUACAAUUUCUCGCCGCCAUUUUGUUUUUGACAGUUUUAGAAUCUCAGGCGUAUGUUCACGAGGCUGGAAGAUGUAUGAUGUUCAGCGAAUGCGGGAGAAAUCCUGAUACAAAGAAUAGAACAGAAUUAAAUUGCUUGGAUAAUGACCUUGCCCGAAAUACCGGUUCAGCCGUUGCCGCUGGACUUCUGCGGGAUUUGUGUCCAGCUUAUGAUAUAGAAGAAGUCUGCUGUGAUGUCGAACAACUCAGAACAUUACAGCCACUGUUGACGGCAAUGAGGCCAGCAUUCGGUCGAUGUCCUGCUUGUCUUGAGAAUAUCGAGACAAUGAUUUGUGAGCUGAUCUGCGGUCCUAAUCAGAGUCUGUUCACCAAUGCUACAGUCCUUCUAGAAAGCGAAGUCGGAUUGGGUGUUCGUCGCUUCGAUGCCUUCGUCGGAGAGGAGUUCGCUGAAGUCGCCUACGAUUCGUGUAAAGACGUCCAGUUUCCAGCUGCUAAUACUCCUGUGAUGGAUGUGAUGUGUGGAGGUUAUCUUGGUGAUGAUUGUUCGCCUCAGAGAUGGCUCGACUUCCUUGGUAGUACUUCCAAUGGAUUCAUUCCUUGGAACAUUGAUUUCACCAUUGUACCACCAGGUCAAAUACUCGAAGGAAUGGACGAAAACAUGGAACCGAUGAACCCUGUGUCGUACUUCUGUAAUGCAACUGUUGGAAACCAAAGUGCCUGUAGCUGUCAAGACUGCGAACGUUCCUGUUUAGCAUUGCCUACCAUAGCACCGGCAGAACCGCCAUACAAGAUAGGUCUAAUGGAUGGCUAUUCCUUCAUCAUUCUCAUGAUCUACGUUGGAUUGGCUGGUCUGUUUAUCAUCUCUCUCAUCCUCUAUAAUUGUCUGGUUGUCGGUACCCGACCUGAUGAUGGCGAAGACCGCCCUCUCAAAAAGGACGCCAGGAUUGAUCCAGAUGACGUGAGCAAAUUGGACAAAAUCAAUAAGAUGAUGGAUGAUAAACUGAGGGAUUUCUUCACAUGGUGGGGGACCGGUAUUGCUCGAUAUCCCGUCCUCGUUCUCAUCAUCAUGGUCGCCGUCGUCGUAGCCCUCACGUGUGGUAUCUUAUUGAUUGAGAUUGUUACUGAUCCUGUCGAGCUGUGGUCUGGGCCUCAGAGUAGAGCACGUCUUCAGAAGAAUUACUACGAUGAAACAUUUGUUCCAUUCUAUCGUACAACAUUGAUCUACAUCCGGGCUCCUGACUUUCCGUAUGAAGUAUAUGACUCGUAUAACGAAGGGAACAAGACAUUCGGCCCCGUGGUUAAUUUGGAAGUUUUGAACCAGGCGCUUGAUCUUCAGAAAGCAGUUGAAAAUAUCACGGCUUAUUAUAAAGGUACACCCAUCAAACUAAACGAUAUCUGCAACAAACCACUUGCUCCUGUGGUCGAUGAAUGUCUCAUUCAAAGUGUAUUGCAAUGGUAUAGUAAUAGUUAUGAGAUACUGAACAAGGUAGCCUAUGAUAGCGAGGGAAGGAGCGCUGAUUAUCGAGAUCACUUCCUCUACUGUAUGAAGAGUCCGCUAUCUCUUGAAGACAAUACACCUUUAGCUGAUAUGUGUGUCUCUGCAUUUGGUGGUCCUUCGUAUCCAUAUGUUGCUGUCGGUGGCUAUCCAGACGAUGAUUACAAUGAAGCCGAGCUGCUGGCUCUGACAUUCCUGAUUGAUAACAAGAAAGAGAACGAGACUUUGUAUGAAAUGAUUCUCGAAUGGGAAGCCGAGUAUCUCCGAUUUAUGAAAGAUUAUGAUAAUCCAAACUUUGUCAUCUCAUACGCAGCUGAGCGUUCUAUCGAAGAUGAACUGAUUCGUCAAAGUGAAGCUGAUUUGGUGACGAUUGCUGUCAGUUAUCUGGUUAUAUUUGCUUAUAUCGCCCUGGCCCUUGGAGAAUUCACCAAGAUGGAUAGAUUAUUGAUUGAUUCUAAGAUCACUCUUGGUCUUGGUGGAGUAUUCAUCGUUCUCAGUUCUGUCUUUGCUUCGAUUGGUAUCUAUGGUUACUUUGGUGUGGAGACAACCCUCAUCGUCAUGGAGGUCGUACCCUUCCUCAUCCUCGCUAUCGGAGCUGAUAAUAUCUUCAUCUUCGUUCUGGACUUCCAGCGAGAUCACAGGCAAGAGGGUGAGACACGUGAAGAGCAGAUCGGGAGAGUUCUGGGGAAGGUCGCCCCAAGUAUGCUGCUAUGUGGUCUGUCAGAAGCCAUUUCAUUUUUUCUUGGUGCAUUGACCGAGAUGCCCGCCGUUCGAAUCUUUGCCCUCUACUCUGGAAUGUCUGUUCUUAUCAACUUCAUCCUCCAAAUAACAGCAUUCGUUGCCCUUCUUUCAUUGGAUGUGCGGAGACAAGAGAGCGGUCGUUUUGAUAUCGUUUGCUGUAUACCACCUAAGCAUAAAGAUCCCGUGCCCAAGAAGAUGGGAUUAUUACAGAUGAUGAUGAAGAAAUAUUUUGCUCCAUUUGUCAUGAUGAAAUGGGUCCGCCCUGCUGUGAUACUUAUCUUCACUGGAAUCACAUGUGCGUGUAUCGCUCUUACACUAAAGCUUCCUGUUGGCUUAGAUCAAACUAUUACCAUGCCCAAGGAUUCUUACGUGCUCGACUACCUGCUCACGAUGGGACAGUACAUGAAAGUAGGGCCACCAGUCUAUUUCGUGACCACCAGUGGUUUUAAUUUCUCCGAUAUAAACGGUCAAAACAAGAUAUGCGGAGGGGCAGGCUGUAACGCUGAUUCGCUCACGCAGCAGAUCUACUACGCUAGUCUGAUCAAAGAAAAGACUUUUAUAGCUCAGCCUACAUCGUCUUGGAUGGAUGAUUAUACUGAUUGGUUGAAACCUCAGAUUGACGGUUCGUGUUGCAGACAAGCUAUUCCAGGGGGAGAGUUUUGUCCCUCAAAAGACAGUCCGUACAGCCCGUGUAGAACCUGUAUUCCCCAGACGGAGAGAAAUGACCGCCGAGAUCCAAUGACAUUUGAAAAAUAUUUACCUUGGUUCUUAACUGAUGUACCCAACGAAAUCUGCAAUAAAGGUGGAAGUGCCGCUUAUGGUCAAGCAGUAAAGUAUGCAGACUCUAGCCAGACGACAAUUAAAGCUUCAUACUUUAUGACGUAUCACACUCCGUUGGUGACGUCACCUGAGUUCAUUGGAGCGCUAGAAGAGGCCCACAUUCUGGCUGACAACAUUGCAGCGUCUAUGAAGAAAGACUACCAAACGGGAGAAGAGUUCACGGUGUUCCCUUACAGUAUCUUCUACGUAUACUACGAGCAGUACCUGACAUUGGUUGAUGAAGCCAUCGUCCAGUUGUUGAUCGCCUUGGUACCUAUCUUCGUCGUGAGUCUCCUCAUGUUAGGAUUCAGUAUCUCAGCUCCCGUCAUCAUCAUCAUAUCCAUCGCCAUGAUCGUCGUCGACACCAUGGGGGUCAUGUACCUCUGGAACAUCGAAUUCAACGCCGUCUCAUUGGUUAAUCUUAUGAUGGCUGUUGGUAUCUCCGUGGAAUUUGUUUCACACAUCACAAGAUCAUUCUCGGUCUGCGUAAAGGGAAGUCGUCUAGAGAGGGCAGAAUAUGCAUUGGCCACCAUGGGAAGCUCGGUUCUCAGUGGAGUGGCAAUGACAAAUUUGCCAGGAAUCAUAGUAUUAGCCUUUGCCAAGUCCCAGCUAUUCGUUGUCUUCUAUUUCCGAAUGUUUUUGACGAUCACUCUGGUUGGUACCGUGCACGGUCUCAUCUUCCUUCCAGUGGUGCUAAGUUACAUCGGACCUGAUGUUAACCAAGCCUAUCUGUUAGAGGAACAGCUCAAGAUGGAUGCUGAGAAACCAGAUAAAAGCGAUAAAGCACGGGAGGCAAAUGGCGACUCCUUUAAACACGCUUAUGACAACGACUCAAUGGAGCUCGAGGAAAGCGGUGAAAAGAAGAAGAUGUCGGAAGAGGAUAAUCCUCCUGGUUACGAGGUCGUUAUUGGAGCACCGAGAUCGUCGGUCGAAGUCCAGGCCGACUUCCCAAUGGAGGAAGAUAAUCAGAAGUUAUGACUAGCAAAAAUAGAUUGAUGAAGAGUAGAAGAUGGGCCUAAAUUAAAUACUAGAUUAUCUGUGCUAGAACAAGAACAAGAAAAAGAAGAAGAACAGCAACAACAAGAACUAGAACAACAACAAGGACAGCAAAAACAACAACAAGACAUCAAUAUAAAAUACGUGCGGGUGAAAAAACUUGUGCUUAACGCAACUUAUAUAGGCCCUAUGGAGUAACUUUUACAGGAAACUGAGUAUUUUAGACAAAUGUUCUUUGCAAUGGUAUUGAUUUCUUUAUUUAAUGAUCCUUGUUGCAAUUCGAUGUAAGCGAACUUUUUUGUUCUUGUUUACCAAAAUCCAUGUAUACCUUAUGUUUCUGACUGAUGCUGCUUGUCAUGUGCAGAUUACAUAAUAAGGCAUAUUUAAUUUACUUUCAAUUUGCAAUAACCAUCCUACCCUUUAUCAUGUUUAUGUACACUCUCUUGGAUAGUAGUCUACCUGAGCGUCUGAAACUGUUUAACUAUGCUCUCACAUUAUUGUUCUUUUCCUUCUUUAGAAUCUGAAGUGUUCUACUUAAGAAUUAUAUUUUUCGAUUCAAACCGAUAUGCGUUUUAUACAUUUCUCCAUAUUGAUUCAUAUCAUGCAUAUGGUGAUUGUAUAGAAAAACAAUAAUAUGUGUGUAAAGUUGAAACCCGAGUUUUGUACAGAACAUGCUUCACUACCAUACUAGAACUGUCCCUUGUUAAAGUAAUAAUUUUCUCUUUACUUCAAUCAGUAAAGUCUAAAAAUAAAAGGUCCAUUGUACGUAUUCUCUUUUAAAAAAAAAUACAAUCCUUGAUCCGCGUCUAACCAGACAUGUUUGCUUGAUUUUGCCCCUUACUUUAUAGGUGGCUAUGAUCUGGAUGUUCUAACAUAGACACCCCAGCUAUUCAUCCAUUGGUGUUCUUAAAAAGGCUAUUGUUGUGAAAAUAUUGAGUGUGGUUUUCACAUCAUAAUAUAUCCUAUCUUUAAAACAUGUAGAGCUGCAUUUUAGAGAGAUUAACAGAGGUGAAAAGAAUAGAAAUACAUGGAGACUAAAAAUGAUAAAAAGAAACUACGUCGCUGUAUUUGUUCUUGAAAAAAAUAAAGAGUCUUCGUGUAUAUUUGGAUUAGUUCUAAAGGAAAAUUUAUACGUUUCCACGGAUGAUGUUCGAAUAUUCGAAUACUCCGAAAAUCACAAAAACCAUUGAAGUUGUUUGUUCGUCCGAAAAUGAAAAGAAAGUUCAUUAUUCCGAAACAUUUCUGGCAUUAUUUCUAAUGUUCGUUAUUUCGAAAGUUUGUCAGUUUAAAUAUAAAGUGAGGUUCAUUAUUCCAAAAGCUUUGAAAGUCCGAAAGAGAAACAUGUUUACAAACCUUACUUCAACUUUAUUUUCAGAAUAUCAAACCUUCGGAAUAUUCGAAUAUUCGGAAUAACGAACCUGCGGAAUGACGAGCUGUAACAGUUGCCGUCCAGGGGUCCGUUGCAGAAAGAGUUGCAAUCAAUCGCAACUCUAAAAAUCAUGCGCAACUUGAUUUUCAACCAAUCAACAGCGCGCAUUUGGGACUUGCGAUUGAUUUUUUGACUUGCGUUUAAACGCAACUCUUUCUGCAACGGACCCCUGAUAUGGUCAAAUUUUUGCAGCAGAACAGAAUAUCUGAUAGCAGUGAUAUUGUGUUUAAUAGUAAUAAUAAAAAACUUUGUAAACAAAUUUUUGUAAUCGACGAUUUUGUAAAGUCCGCUGAUCUUGAUCAUAUAUCGACGAAGGAAAAUAUUCUUUAAAAUAAAAAUAUGAAUUGUGAGGCUAUUAUUGAAAAUUUCGUGUAAUCGAAAGUGUGUAUAUUUUGUCUUAGUAUCGUAUAUGCAUAUGUUUCAAGUUAUUGCACAAUUGUUUGGCAGAGCCACGGAUUGAGUAUUAUCGCAGAAAUGAAGUGUUCCAAAGUGUUUAAAGCCAAAGGCUUCUCGUAUUUUGAUCAAAUAUAUCAACUUAACCAUGUCAGGUCACCGAUAGCUAAUUAUGUAGCCACUACAGAGUGCUAGCUCUUAAAUAAACUACGUUAGCGUGGUAAUAUCUUACUGUCACAUGUGUACUCAUUCUCUAGAUGUUAGGAAUAUAAACUUUCAUAUUUUGUGUACACAUGGUAUAAAUGUUGCGGGUGGUAUAUAUUUCGUGUGAUACAUUACGUGUGCAAAAUAUAGGCAUGUUCAUUAAAGUUUGUGUAUAACUUAUUUAACCAUUUUACUUUGGACCAAGAAAAUAACGUAAAUGUAUCAAUAUUUGCAUCAUAGAAUUGCAUUCUUAGCAGUUUUAUGUAUAGAAGCAUAGACGUGCAGAAAUAAAAGACUAAGUUUUAAGAACGUUUUGAACAGAGAUCUUUCUCGCUAAGAUUGUUUGAAAAAUAUAAAGAUCAUCGCAUUCAAUUCAAGCAAGUGUACUUUAUUGAUCCAAAAUUUUAGCAUUGUAUACAAUGAAUCAGGUGUUGAUGUAUCGUUAAAAGAGAUUGGAAUCCUGAGUUAAGAUCUGAUCUAGCUCUUUGGACAAUACUUAGUGGAGUUGAAUGACGACUGGUUCUCUUACUUAGUAACGCAUGGACCCGUUUUUUCCAAAUUGUAGAAUUUUAAAAACAAAGUUAGAUAAAAUUACGAAAAUAAUCUCGAAAGUGAAAGAGAAUUAUUUUUGUUCAAUCCUCAGCAUUAUGAUUACUCCAUUUUUCAUUAAUGCAUUAUAUUCAUUAAAUGCUGAAGAUACAUUCUGAAAAUUAUUAUUUUAAAGAAUGAUAUGAAAGUUCUGAAAGCUCAAAAUCAACAUUAGUGACAUAUAGAACAUUGUGAUGAUUGAAUGGAGUGUUUGUCUUGUCUAUAUGCAUUACAUAUGGAAUAUAUACAUUAAAUGAUGGCAUAUUUUGUCUGCUUUAAUUUGCUUACCAUAAUUAUUACUUGAGUCUGAGAAAAAUAUAUGUCUAUGUUUGAUGGAAAUAUUUAGUUGUAAAACAACAAAUCAGCACUUUAAAACGAAUUGCUAAUAAUUAUUUGUCAUACUGGAGAACAGAUAUGUUUAAGUGAGUACAUGGUCUGAGCAACUACCCACUAUGUUAUUUGUACAUUCCGCAAUUCUACAUGUUCAAUGUAUUUUAUUUUUAUUCAAUGUGCAGUCUAGUUAAUUAAUUUUGUCAAUUUCUUGAAACUUACAUUUGAAAACAAUAAAUGUAACAUGUGUUCUUUA